AUCGACCUAAGGGAGACUCUUGAAAACCCUCUCGUAAGAUUCAAACUCACCUCAAGUCGCUUCCUCUUCGUGGUUACCGGUGCUGCUCUGCAGAAGCAUCAGUUCAACUCUACCCUUUAGCCGCACACACUGCGAAGCGCUGUCAAGAUCAGAGCACCCUAAAUGAUGCUUUUUCUUUCUAUUACCGGUGUAUGAAGUAAAGUUUUGCUUAUUUCUGCUCUUGCUCUUGACCACAGCAGAAAUUUUACAAACAGAAAGUUGCGCGCCGCUUGUUGAAUGCAGGAAGCGUUUUGCCUCAGUGUUCAUUCAUCGUUCAGUUUUGGAUCAGCAGCAGCAGCCGGCUCAGAUCGAGGACUGGACUUUCUCCACUCUGUCAGCAGCGAGAUGAAGUCAGCAGAAGAAGAUGCGUACAACUACACUCCAAACGUCAGCCUGUCCCUUCCACUGGGGAUGGGGAACCCUUGCCUGGCCACCCAGUACCACACGUUACAGACCAGUCCAAUCAUCUCGGUCACCUCCUGCCACCAGACGGCCUACAACCUCCAAAACGACAACCACAAUCCUGGAUCGACCUACUACCUGCCCCAUGGCUUAAGACCUAACGGUGCUCCAGCUCUUGAAAGCCCCAGGAUUGAGAUCACAGCCUACAGCCAUUAUCCAGAAGACGAGGUCGAGGAGAGCAACAGUGAAGACCACAUCAUCAAACGUGGUGUCAACUCGAUUGUAACACUCACACUGCCUAAUGCUGCUGAAGGCUACCGCGAUCCUACUUGUCUUAGCCCCGCGAGCAGCAUCUCUUCACGGAGCUGCAAUUCCGAAGCUUCAUCUUACGAGUCAAGCUUCUACAAUUACGACAACUCCCCUCAGAAUUCGCCCUGGCAGUCUCCCUGUGUGUCCCCACGUAACUCGCUCCUGUCCUGCCCUCUGGCAACUGGUCCAGUGGCCUCCCCCCACCACUCCCCCUCUACCUCCCCUCAGAUUGGGGCAGUGGCUGAAGAGGGCUGGCCUUCACAAACUCGUGGAUCUAGGCCAAAUUCUCCAUCCAGCACUGGUGCGGUCUUAAGCAAUGGAAGUGGGAUAGGGAAGAGAAAGUACAGCCUGAAUGGAAACACAUACCGUCAGACUUCACCAAAUCAGUCGCCUAUUGCGUCUCCUCAUGGGUCCCCAAGGGUUAGUGUGACAGAUGAGAACUGGAUUGCCAAUACAAACCAGUACACCAACUCUGCAAUUGUGGCAGCCAUAAACGCCCUGACUACAGAUGGGGUGGUGGACAUGGGGGAGGGCAUACCAAUCAAGACACGUAAGACCAUGUUGGAGCACCAAGCAUCCAUGGGCCUAAAGGUAGAGCCCAGUGGAGAAGAACUGAGUCCAGAAGCAGACCUGUGUCAUGAUGAGUAUGCCUCUCGACUGGCUCUGAAGAAGGAGAGCUACUGUGGAGGCUUCCUGGAUGUGCCCCAGCACCCAUACUCCUGGUCCAAACCCAAGCCAUACCUCAGCCCGUCUUUGCCCUCUCUGGACUGGCAGCUCCCCUCCUGCUCAGGGCCGUACAGUCUGCAGAUCGAGGUGCAGCCAAAGUCCCACCACAGAGCGCACUAUGAGACAGAGGGCAGCCGCGGAGCAGUCAAGGCCUUGUCUGGAGGACACCCAGUAGUCCAGCUUUACGGUUACAUGGAGAGCGAGCCCCUGACCCUGCAGCUGUUCAUUGGCACGGCAGAUGACCGCCUCCUGCGCCCGCACGCCUUCUACCAGGUCCACCGCAUCACAGGCAAAACCGUCUCCACCGCCAGCCACGAGGUCAUGCAAUCCAACACCAAAAUCCUCGAGAUCCCCCUGCUGCCUGAGAACAACAUGAGAGCCAUAAUUGACUGUGCGGGGAUCCUGAAGCUGCGUAAUUCUGACAUCGAGCUCCGUAAAGGAGAGACAGACAUUGGCCGAAAAAACACCAGAGUGAGACUGGUGUUCAGAGUGCACAUCAACCAGCCCAAUGGAAGAACUGUGUCUCUGCAGGCAUCCUCCAACCCCAUUGAGUGCUCUCAACGCUCAGCCCAAGAGCUUCCCUUGGUUGAAAAGCAGAGCGUGGACAGUUAUCCAGCCACCGGGGGCAAAAUGAUGCUGGUGAGCGGCCUCAACUUCCUCCCUGACUCCAAAGUGGUGUUUGUGGAGAAGGCUCAAGAUGGCCAUCAUCUUUGGGAGACAGAAGCCAAAGUGGACAAGGAAUCCGUCAAAUCUAGCACACUUGUUGUGGAGAUCCCGCCAUACAGGAACCAGCGAAUAUCCAGCCCGGUCCAAGUCAACUUCUACAUCUGCAACGGCAAAAGGAAGAGAAGCCAAUACCAGCGCUUCACCUACCUGCCCCCAAAUGUUCCAAUCAUAAAGACAGAGCCUAACGAUGAGUAUGACUCCAUUGGGAGUGGCCUACCCAUCCACUCUCAAUCAUUCUACAGUCCGACCCGCCUCACCCCUGUCCUGCCUGUACCUGACUCUGAAGCCUGCCUGGUCGGUACCUACACCUGCCCCCCUCGCCACACCACCAUCACCCCAUCGCCCCCUAGCUCCAGCCCCACACUGCACGACCUCACCCCCAUGGCCUACAACAAGUGCCUGCCCAACAGUCCCACACAUGGUCCACUGAUGUCCAGUAUCCACGAAAAUCUCAACCAUCCCGCCUCGCCAGACCACAGCUCAUCCCUAACCAUGCUCCAGUCUCAGGGCAGCCCCAACCACCACCUCAACAGCCCGGGACCCCACGGUUACAGCCACAUCUACCCUAGCAGCAGUCCCUCGUCCUCCCCUGUGUCUCAUCCAUCCACGCCUGGAGGUCCUGCGGAGAGCCCCUUUGGCCCUGUCUCCAGCCAGAAUGGAGAGAACUCACCCACCCUCCUCCAUGAAGACUCCAGCUCCUCAUCCAUACCCGUGACCAUAAAACAGGAGCCCCAAGAACUGGACCAGAUGUACCUCGAUGAUGUUAAUGAAAUCAUCAGAAACGACCUCUCCAGCAUUUCCGUGCACACUCAUGCAUAGACGUCCUGGACCCGUCACAGCUCCGACAAGAUAACCACGAAACAAAGAGAUCCAGACUAUGAAGAAUUUGGAUAUUUGACCAGGAUCUCUGACUCUUUUUGACUUCUCCAAACUGCACAGUGACAAUCAUUGGCAAGAUCCACAAAACUCCAUGUUUGUUGAAAGGGAAGUGAUUUCAGGGGCGGUAUAUAUUGCUUGCCUUAACAGAGAAAAUUGAUUAGUGGACCAAACAACUUACAGAGACAAUCUCAUUUACUAUGUAUAAUAAUGCAUGGACAGUGGAUCGUCGAUUUCUUUGUGCAAACUGGUGCCUUACUGCAGUAAUAUUAACGACAGCACUCGUGUAUUUAUGUGUCCAUUGUAAACCAAAUUAUUAUUGUCUACAUGUUUUUUGUACAACUUUGAAUGACUUUUCCAGGGGAGCUCAAGCCGGACAAUGUGUUGAAUGGGACUAUGUGAAUAGAGUAGCCGUGUAUUUUAUUUGCUAAAGCAUAUUACCCUUGUAUAUUAUUUUGUAUGUAUUGAUAAUAUGAAUGCCUUCAGGUUGUAUCAUGCCAUUUAUCUAUCUUAUUUGUUUUGGUUUUCUCUAUCUGUAGCUAUUCUAGCCGAUGCUUUCACCUUAGUGCCUCAACUGAAAUGGUCCCGUCCCUGUCUUCCAGUUUUCAGCUUCAACUGAGUCAUGCUGAGACAAUCAAAAGGAGCAUACAGCACAGACUAAUAGUGGCUGAGGCAGAUAUUUUCAUUUUUCUUUCUGCCCUUAAAUUCUUUUAACAAUGGUAUGCUUACCUGCUAAAUUUUAACAUUGCAGGUUUAAAUAUACUCAAACAAUGUGCAAAAGUCUAGGAUGGGAUUUUAAGAGAUGCUAUGAACUUGCAGAGCACAGACCUCUGCCAAGGCAUCGGUCCAGUUAAACCCCAAAACAAUGUUAUUCAAUUUGAUUUAAAAUUAUUUAAGUAUGUUCUCUGAAAUUGAUCCCUCAAACACUUAUGUGUUUAUAAACUUUUGCACAUUAGUGGCUUUUGCACUGCAUGUAAAUAGGCACACUGACAGUACACUUCAACUGUAAGAGUUGGCCAGACUGUUACAAACGGUUGGCAAUAAUUGAUCUAAAUAAACCAAAUGAUUUUGUCUUUGGUGAAAUUAUUGCAUAUGUUUCACAAAGUCUAGCAUUGAGUUGAGGAAAGCAACAGAAUGCACUUUACUGUCCAUACAGAGCAGACCAAAUGUUGAAUUCUUUCCAAAUGAUCCGUUGCAUGUACAUCACACUGCGAUAAUAGAACAGACGUAUCCAGUCACUUCCUGAUACAUUUGGACAUGUGGUAUAUUAGCAUGAGUUAACCUUAUCAUCAUGUUUUCUAUUUUUGUGCCUUACUCUCUCAGCUACAAACCUGUCACAUCCAUAAUGCUUUUCU